CAAUUGAGUAAAAAACCUUCACUGAACCUCUCGUCCUUGAGAGUCCUUGAUUAGUAGUCGUCGCCGCCGUCUAUCUUGUGACCGAUGAGCAGCUAGGGUUUUUAUUCAUUUCUUCUUCUUCAGUUGAAUCGGAGAAUCAUGGCUGCUUCAAUCUCAAGAAGCAUUUUUCGCACUAUCGGUUCCUUAACAGCUCUAGGAAGAGGCUCUACACCAAACUUGUCAGUGAAUGCAUCUGGAAAUGGCUUAUCUUCUCUUACUAGUGAUCUCAAGUAUGGAAUGGCUUUACUAUCCAGUCGAAAGCUCUCGACUUCUAUUUUGACUCCUGACUCAAGUGAUGAUACAUUUCCUUCUGAUUUACUUACGAAAACGACCGUGCUUACACCAGACCGAACCAUAGGACAAUAUCAAGACUUGGUCAUUCCUGUGACAAAUUUUCAGAACGAGGACAAGGGUUUAAUGGUUUUAGCAGGUGAUGUCUUUGAUGUUCCAAUAAGGAAAGAUAUCAUUCACCAUGUCGUGCGAUGGCAGCUUGCGAAACGCCAGCAGGGAACUCACUCUACCAAAACAUUAAGUGAGGUCAGUGGAACUGGUAGAAAGCCAUGGAAUCAGAAGGGUACAGGACGAGCUAGACAUGGUACACUGCGUGGUCCACAGUUCCGAGGUGGUUGUGUAAUGCAUGGACCCAAACCAAGAAGCCAUGCGAUAAAGAUGAAUAAGCAGGUUCGACGGCUUGGACUGAAAAUAGCCUUGACAGCUCGAGCCGCAGAAGGAAAACUCCUUGUGUUCGAUGAUUUGGCAUUGCCUACGCAUAAGACCAAGAACAUUGUUAACUAUUACAAUCAAAUGGAGAACACAAAGAAAGUUCUUGUUGUUGAAGGUGGCCCUAUUGAUGAAAAGCUGAAGCUAGCCACUCAAAAUCUACACUAUGUCAACAUAAUUCCAUCAAUAGGCCUAAAUGUUUACAGCAUUCUGCUACACGAUACACUCGUGAUGUCCCGUGAUGCAGUGAAUAAGAUCGUUGAGCGUAUGCACACUCCAAUUAACCGUUGAAGAGACAACAACAACGUCGUCUUAAAAUGGCAUUCUCAAUAAGAAUUUUAGAUUACAAGGAAAUCCAGCAUGUAGUUUCAAUACCGGCAAUUUGUUUUGGUUUAGAGGCCUCCAUGGCUAUUUUCACACUGACCGGUUCAUGGGUUGUUUAGCUUUUUGGUUUUGCUUUGCAAUAUGGAAUGAUGAAGGAUUGAGUUUUUAAAUAAUGAAUGGUAUCAUAUUUGGCUAUUUCUAUGUGUU